ACAUUCGACCAACAAAAAAAUUUCACGUUAAUAUAUAAGACAACAAUUCCAGCACAUAAUUUGAUGAUACAACAUAGUUUAAUUAAUUGCCGAUCAUUUCCUCCAUUUUCUUUCUUCUUUCUUCCUCUUCUAACACGCACAAAAACACACGCACUCACAGAUUCCAUGAAAUGAAACUCCAAACUUCUGAAAUUAUUCCCUUAAGCAAACCGAAAACACGAAGAAAAACACGAACGGUUGUCGCAAUCGUAGCUCUAGCUUUUAUUCUAACAAUCAUCCCUUUGUAUUUCCCUUAUUCCCAAAAUUACAAUCAACUCUCUUUAUCCUUCCAAAUCGGCUUUCAAUCCCUCGAUCACAAUUCAAUCCGAUCAACAACCACUCCUCCGCAGCCAAACAACCCCAAUCUCAGAGACGAAGCGUCCGAAGACUCCCCGAAGAAUAUUCCACCAGACGCCGCUGCUGCCACGUCAGCAAACUCGACAUCGUCAAAUGAAAAGCGCGGAGAUGGCCGGGAGGGAAAACGGACAAGCGACGCGGUGGUGAAGGAGAAGAAGAAGUGCGACUUGUUUAGUGGGGAGUGGGUCCCGAAUCCCGACGGGCCGUACUAUACGAACACGACUUGCUACUCGAUCCAGGAUCAUCAGAACUGCAUGAGAUUCGGGCGGCCCGAUUUAGGGUUCAUGAAAUGGAGAUGGAAGCCCGACGAGUGCGAGCUGCCGUUGUUCGAUCCGAUCGGGUUCUUGGAACUUGUCAGGGGAAAAUCGUUAGCGUUCGUCGGUGACUCGGUGGCGAGGAAUCAUAUGCAGUCUCUCAUUUGCCUCUUGUCCACUGUGGGCCACCCUGUUGACAUGUCAAAGCCGAAGGCCGGAAACAGGUUGUACGUUUACACAGAGUACAACUUCAACAUCUCGAUAAUCUCGUCGCCGUACCUAAUCAGAACGGAGAAAACCGUUCCCGGCGAUUUCGCCACCCCUUUCAAUCUAUUCCUCGACGAAUUCGACCAAACCUGGACCGGAAAAAUCCACACGUUCGACUACAUUAUCAUCUCCGCCGGCCAGUGGUUUUUCCGGCCGUCGUACUUCUACCUCAACCGAACCCUAAUCGGCUGCCUGUACUGCCCGGAGGCAAACGUCACCCAUCUCCCGUCGGCGUUCAGCUACCGUUGGGCUUUCCGGACGGCGUUCCGGGCGAUUAACGGCGGCGCCGGCGUGGCUUUUCUGCGGACGUUAGCGCCGUCGCAUUUCGAGGGCGGGCCGUGGGAUAAGGGCGGGGAUUGUGUGCGGACGGGGCCUUACAAGAGGAAUGAGACUGGUUUGGAGGAGUACAAUAUGGAGAUGUAUUCGGUGCAGUUGGAGGAGAUGAGAAUUGCACAGAAAGCAGGGAGGGGAACCGGAGGGAAGCUGCGUUUGUUUGACGCGACGAAUAUGAUGGUGUUGAGGCCGGAUGGGCAUCCCAGUAAAUACGGGCAUUGGCCAGUGGCAAAUCGGACAAUUCCUAAUGACUGCGUUCACUGGUGCUUGCCUGGCCCGAUUGAUGCUUGGAAUGAUUUAUUGCAGGAGUUGUUAAAAAGAGAAGUCAAAAAAAAAAGUAAAAUUACCUGAAAUUUGAUUUAUGUUUGACUGAGUGGGCCUAUAUUUAAAUCUUUGUUUGACCGUAACAAAGGCCCAUUCAAUCGGACCGGAAAAAAUAUUGGUAUAUGAAUUUACUAAAAUGGGCUUUUAUGACUGGUUUUUUUUUUUUUUUUUUACUUUUGUAAUUUUGGAAAUAGUUUUUAACUUUCCGAAGUAUUUUGAAAUGUAGAAAUGAUCAUCAAUCUUGAUUUAUACAUUCUUGAAAU